UUGUUUUCUUUUGUUUUUGUUGAAUAUGGAUCCACAAAACCAGAAACCGCUCGAAGUCCACCUAGUUACCGCCACCGACUCGCCCGAGUUCACCCACCUCACUCACGUCAUAACUCAGACUUCCCUCGUCGGACUCGACGCCGAGUGGAAACCCGUCCGAACUCACCAAAAUUCGUUUCCCACCGUGUCAAUACUCCAAAUCGCGUGUCAACUCGGCGACGACUCGGUGGUUUUCCUUCUCGACCUUCUCUCUGUUCCUCUCUCUUCAAUAUGGGAAUUGCUCCGAGAAAUGCUUGUUUCCCCCGAUAUUUUGAAACUAGGAUUCAGAUUCAAACAAGAUUUAGUAUACUUGUCAUCAACUUUCUGUUCCCAGGGAUGUAAUCCUGGUUUCGAAAAGGUUGAACCGUAUCUGGAUAUCACGAGUGUGUACAAUCAUCUGCAGUAUAAGAAACAUGGAAGGAAUGUAUCGAAGCAAAAUAAGAGUCUGUCCACAAUUUGUGGAGAAGUGUUGGGGAUUUCACUAUCUAAGGAGCUCCAAUGUAGUGAUUGGUCACAACGUCCUCUUACAGAAGAACAGAUAACAUAUGCAGCUAUGGAUGCUCAUUGCUUGCUUGGCAUAUUUAAGGUCUUUCAGGAGAAGGUUGCCAAAGAAGGAGAACUGGUUCUCAAGACCAAUGAAUUUUCCAUUCCAAAUGCAAAUCUUGGGUUGAAAGAGCUUUUCAGGAAGCACAAUAUGAGUGAUAAAGUUCUUAGGACACAAUUUUGUGAAGCUUUAGCAAUUGUUCGAGCCACUACUUGUUCUGAUGUUAUUCAGGUGAUACCUUCGGCAGAGGGAGUGAUAAAAAAUUCAUCAUGUAUGGUUCCUAAGCCAAUGGAUGAAUUUUUGUUGAAAAUUGUCAAAAAACAUGGUGAUAGGAUUUUGCUUAAAGAGUCCGACAGGGAGCCUAAGACCUCAAAAAAGAAACGGAAGAAGCAGUUGCCAAAUAAUGGGAUUCCCCAAGAAAAUCAUUUAGAGAACUUUGAUGAGUGGCAAGGUACCGCACCUUGGGAUCCUUUAGUUGGAGGAGAUGGAUGUCCAAAGUUCCUUUGUGAUGUUAUGGUUGAAGGCUUGGCCAAACAUUUACGUUGUGUUGGGAUAGAUGCUGCAAUUCCAUAUUCAAGGAAGCCUGAACCAAGGGAGUUAAUAACACAAGCACAAAAAGAGAAAAGAGUGCUUUUGACGCGGGAUGCAAAGUUAUUAAGACAUGAGUAUCUGGUAAAAAACCAAAUAUAUAAAGUGAAGAGUCUUCUAAAAAAUGAACAGCUACUUGAGAUAAUUGAAACUUUUCACCUAAAUAUUAGUGAGAAUCAGCUAAUGUCAAGAUGCACAAAAUGCAAUGGAAGCUUUAUUCAGAAGCCACUUUCAACUGAAGAGGCUAUUGAAGCUGCAAAGGGUUUCCAAAGAAUUCCAAAUUGCUUAUUCAACAAGAAUUUAGAGUUUUGGCAGUGUAUGGACUGUCACCAACUAUAUUGGGAGGGAACCCAGUACCACAAUGCAGUACAGAAGUUCGUUGACGUUUGCAAGUUGAGUGAUUAAUUUAAACUUCAUUGAGGAUGAGCACUUGAGUAGUUGUGCCAUUGAAUACAUUUUCUUUAAAGAAAAAUGUCGUCUGCGCUUGAAUGUAAUUGUGCAAUCACGUUGGCUGCAAUCAAUCCAUGUACAAUUAGUUUAUACAUCAAGUUGGCUAUCAUGCCUUCUCGCACUCUUGUUGUAUAAUCUACUGACUGAACAUUUUAAUUUCAAUGGGGAAGUGCUAUAUACCACA